AUGUCUAACGGCAGCGAGAAACUUGCCCAAAUCGCACAGAAACACAAACCUUGGUUCGCAAAAUUCACCGAUAUAGGUGACUCACCCGAAGAAAGCAAUGGCAUACUCGGGGCAAUCAACUAUUUAAAGAAUCCUUUCUACAGCGUUUACGAUUCAAUCGCGCACUACUUUCCUCCGCUUGCUUGGUUUCUAAUUGGUGCCGCGGCAUUAAAUGCUGUUCCCGUCGCUUUAAUGCUCGGCUGGCUUGGAAUUACGACACUUGUCUGUUUCGCGGUUGCCGGUGGAUUCAUCUUUUUCGUGGAAGGAUUCUUUUUCUUGUUGGGUAGUGGAGUUAUGUUGCCGAUUAUUGUGUUUGCUCUGUUUUCGGCAUUUGUGACGUUUUUGUUUUUGGCGGGUGCGUAUGGAGUGUUUCGGUUGGGGAGAGGAGCUUUGUGGGCUAUUGGAAUUGUUGGUAAUGGAGGAAUUGUUGGUAAUGGAGGAAUUUUGCCAUUUGACGGGACUACUAGAGAAUCUGAAAACAUUUAUGAAUAA